AUGCAAAAAAAUGAAACUUUGAGAGAGUUCGUGAAGCGUUUCGAACAAGCUGUCUCACAAGUAGAGUCGUACAGCAUAGACGCAGUCCUCCAAAUUUUCAAACGGAGCAUAUGCCUAGGGACCCCUUUCUUCGAGUCCCUCGCCAAAAAACCUCCUACAUCCAUGGACGAUUUAUUCCGACGUGUAGGUAAAUACUCCAUGUUAGAGGACGACAUCCGGGCCGCUACACAGCAGGUCCUGGUCGCUGGCCAAGCCGCGAGAAGCGAAGCCACCAGAAGCUUCGAAGCACCUAACCAUCCUAGGUCAUCCAAUAGGGGGCAAGAUGAGCGACGUCUGCCACUCAUUCAAACGCCUCUCACCAUGUCAUACGAAAAACUGCUUCCUAUAAUUCGCGAUCUACCCAGUUUCAGAUGGCCAGGACCAGUAAGAUCGAACCCCUCAGAGAGGGACCGCAAUAAAAAAUGUGCAUACCAUAAAGAUCAUAGGCACACCACUGAAACGUGUAGAAGUCUCCAUUAUAUGGUGGAGGAUCUUCUAAAGGCGGGACACUUGAAGCAAUACAUCCGAACAGCGCCUAAAGGUGAAGAAUCUUCUCAUGGUCAAGGCCUACGCGCCCCAACGGCUCCUGUUAAAGCAGUAAUCAACUACAUACACGGGGGACCCUUGGAUGACGAGUACAAUUCCAAAAGAAAAAGACAAAGACUGCUGCGGGCGGUCACUGUUCGGGAACACAUAAGCUCCAUCCGGUCGAGAUUAGCCAGUAGAAGCAUCCACCCCAUAGAUAGAACCAUUGUUUUCCCUGCUGUGGAUCCCGCCCGAGUGUUGCAGCCACAUCGAGAUGCUCUCAUCCUAACAUUAGGGGUUGGAGACUUCUAUGUGAAAAGAAUCCUAGUUGACCAAGGUAGCUCCGCGGAUCUGUUGCAAGUGGCAGUCGUCAAACAAAUGGGUUUCUUACCCUCCAGCCUGGAGAAUCCCGGAAGAAUCAUGUCUGGAUUCAACGGUUCUUCCACAACCUCUCUUAAGGAUGUAACACUGCCGGUUCAAGCCGGACCAAUCAUCCUGAAUGUUCUAUUUUCUGUGGUUGAGAAUUUAUCCCCUUUCAAUGUCAUUUUGGGACGCACGUGGUUGCACGGUAUGAAGGUCAUUCCAUCCACAUACCAUCAAAUGGUCAGCUUCAUCACCCAAUAUGGGCAAAUUAAUCUUUACGGAAGCCAACUCGCUGCCCAGCAAUGUUAUCAAAUCACUCGUGAGGCCGGACCCAACGUCGACCGCGAACACUCCCCCAAAGAAGCAAAUUCUCCUGACCAAUAG